AUGACGAGCUCCGGAGGCUGUAUGGCCAUCAGGAAGCUCCUGCAGCACACUAAGCAAUGGGGAGAAAGAAAGAAGAGUGCUCACAGGCUAAUAGCUAAUCAAGCUGCAUGGAAAGCCAACCACGGGCGCAGCGGAUUCGCGAAGCCGACUAUGACGGCGUCGUCGAUGGCGGUUGAAGAAGCGCUUGGUGCGGCAAUUCGAACAAGAUGGUUGGAUUCGAGUAGGAUAUAUGAAGGUGGUAACAAGAUGAUUGGGUGCCUGAGAGGGGAGGACGGGGGAGUGGGAGAAGAGCGUUUGGAGAAGGACGCGAUGCCGUCAAAAUUGCGGGCGGGCGAAGUAGAGAGAGUUCCUUGCCUGUUUGGGGUCACGCUCCCUUUCAACAGUGCUGUUCGUCCAACAAUCGGAUGA